AUGGUCUUUGGGGGUGUAAAUCCUAAUAGAUUUUAUGGGGAGCUCGACGUAUAUGAUCCGCCUGCACCCCAGGAUAAUAGCUUUCCUGACGGUAAAGAUAAAGCUUAUCUUAUGGAUUUCCCGACAGUCCGGAUAGGUGAUAUCACAGAUACUACGACCAUGGUGUUACACAGCCCCAACUCUAGUACCAAUGAUUACAUGCCUUUUAUAAGGUUAAAUCCACUCCUUUCUCAUCUUACCCUACCGUUGCCUAUUGUAGACGACUUCCACUCAGUCAUGAGGGAAUUCGGUCUUACUAAUUGCACAGUACCAGAGCUUCACGUGGAGUUUUGCGUACCCUGCAAUGCAUCUAUUCCAGAACAAUAUGUCCUUAAACUCAGCUUUAGGAAAGCCACUAUCAGUAUACCAUUCCAAGACUUUGUUCAAGCCGUUCCAGGCAAUCUAGAUCUAUGUCCAAUCUUCCUUUUCAGUGCCCCCGCCGCACACGAUUCCUCCCUAGGAGGAGCUUUCUUUAAGGCCGCUUAUAUCGUACUUGAACCUGACGCAAACCGUGUCGCAAUAGCAGCUGCAGUUCGCAAUCCAUCAGCCCCGUCAAACGCAGCCAUCAAAGAAAUUUCCGACGGGGUAUUCAGCGACAAACUUUCAACGAUAACAGGAGUCCCAGAAUAUAUCCCAACUUUCUCCCGACUCCCAAGUCCCUCGAAAAGCUUUUACCCUACCUCGCCAAACAAUAAUACAACACGUAUAUCUUCUCGUGCUCUCAUAGAAAUUGGGUUAGCAGGCGCCGUGCUUUUGUUUGUUGGAAUCGGCACGGCGGUAGUAAUAUUUAUUACUUGCAGAAAACAACGAAAAUCGAAACCAAUGCCAGAUAUCCCUAGCGUAGAUGUAACCCACCCUUCAAAUUCGGCGUCAGAUCCAUAUGAAUUGAACACCGAGGGAGUUAUGGGUGAGCUAGAAGUUCCUAAUAAUCAGUCCUUAAUAGGACCCGGGAGUGUGUUACAGGAACUCCCUGGUGGCUAUCAACCGCAGGAGCUUCAAGGCAAUCAAUAA